UCUACACGCUUAGAACUGAAAAUGGACUCGAGGAGAAGCAAGCGAAAGAGGAUGGGGCCCCCUAAGUGUUUAGUGUCAGAAUCGGAUCAAUAUUUGGCUGGUCAGUCUGAGGAAGAGCCAUGCAGCUCCCACACUGUGGCAAAGGAAAUGGCUGUAGUGCACUGCAGUGAUGGGUCUGACUCGGAUGCAUUCACAGGACAGCAGUCUACUAUUAAAGCAUCAACUAAAGAUGUUUCUGCAGCUCCCACAGCCAUAGCAGCUCUGAAGCGCAGAAACAGAGAUAAUAAUGCCUUGAAAAUAAGGCUAGAUGCUUCAAAGGACAAAUUAUUAACUGUUGAAAGCGAAAGGGACUAUCUGAGGAUACAGCUGGCUGAGGCUUUGGCCCUUCUAAAAAUGGCAUCAGUUAAGGCGCCAGUUACUUCUGAAGGUGACCAAAUAGGGGCAGGCAACUCCUCUUCAUCCUCCACCUCCUCGUCUUCCUCCACCUCCUCCAAUUCCUCCAGUUCCUCCUCCUCCUCCUCAUCCUCUUCAUCAGACAGAGGGAAGAAGAGGAAGAGUAAGAAGAAGAAGAACAAGAAAAACAAAUAUGGCAAGAAAAAAAGAGGAAAAAAAGCGAAGAAGACAAAAGGAAAGACUGCAAAGAGAGUGGUUGGAUUCAAUAAAAGAGCUGAGCGCCCAAAAAAUAUGGUGGACACAAGAAAGACAUGUUGCUGGAUUCUUAAGCUACCGCAAGAAUUGCUGCAGAGCAUUCUUUUGGAGGUAGUUCUUGACGCUGGAGACAUGGCAUAUUUGACGCUUUCUCUGGUUUGUUGGAAAGUAAGAAAUACCGUCAGCCAGGACGCUUUCCGGAAAAAGGCACACUUUUUGUGGAUAUUGAGUGUGGACACAAAUUGGUUUCACCAUUCCGAGUCCUAUCGCGAGGAAAUGUCCACCAUGUUUUGCAUUUCGUCUUGUCAGUUUUGCAGAACGCAAUUCAAAGAUUGUUCAGGAUACGUAGGACAUGGGAAAAGAGGUGUCAUUCGGGCUAUGUACUCUGAGCAUCCUCACCCUGGGUUCUGCAGCCAUUUUUGCUCAACGGAUGCUGGGAAUUUUGAGUAG